AUGGAGUCUAACCGACUUCUGGAUCCGGUAGAUGCAUUCUUCAAGCCAUCGGGCUCUGGUAGGAGAAGAAGAGACAGGACGCGCAGCACCAGUCGCAGAUCGAAGAGCCACUACAAGAAGUUGCUCUGGUUCAAGCAACCGUUCCCUGAUAACUACACGGACGAGAAGACGUUUCUUGAUCACCUGCAGCGCAAUCCGCGGCUGCAGCCGUAUGAUUUCUGGUCGCUCAUGGCGGACACGACGAUAAUUGUGCAGCAUCUUGCCUCGGUCGCCAUCUUCUGCUGCUGUUUUGUCGGCAUCAUCCAAGGAAACGUCUCGCCUCUGUCCGUAGUAGGCUGGGCGACGCUUUGCACGGUGUUGGCCUGGAUUUUGUGGGAUCACUGGCAGGGACAAGAGCUGGAAGCAGCUGAUGACAAGCACGAAAAGCCGCCGGACGGGGGCGAGGCAACUGAGGCGCAUUCGGACUCGGUGCCGUCUCCGCCAUCUCGGUAUCAGCAGCGGGUGUCGACGGUCAAGUCGGCGGUGUUGAUCUACGCUGCUUUGCUAGGGCUCAGCCCGAUUCUCAAAUCGUUGACCAAGUCGACGACGAGCGAUUCGAUCUGGGCUAUCAGCACAUGGCUGCUCAUGAUGAAUGUCGUAUUCUUCGACUACAGCAGCGGGCCCGGGGCACAGUAA